UUCUGCUGCUUCAGCUCGCUCUCUUUUCCACUCUAAGUGUUCCUCAAGAGAUUCAUGUAUAUUAUCCAUAGUUGUAGCACGACCCUUUUUACGACGCAUAGAUGUGCCGCCAUCAAUUGUCAUAAAUGGAUCAGUCAUAGUACGCUUUCCAGUCCAUGUACCACUACUUGUGAUAUGCAUAAGCCCAAUACCAUCAGGAUCGUCAUCACAAGAAAAAGACUCUUUAUCCACUCUAGUUGGUUCAUUUGAUCAUUGUGGGGAAUCAGGUGCAGUACUAUAAACCACAUGUUUUUCUGUGAUAAAUGAUUUUCCAAAUAUCUCUUGCAACAACUCAAAGUGUUCAAGCCCCUUGUAUCUGAACUUGCCUAACUUUACAUUUCUUUCUUUCUUUCUUUCUUUUGUUGUACAAUAUUGAAAAGAAAAUUUUAGUUUAAUGUACAUAAACAAAACAUACAAAAUUUAAUUCAUCUAGCUAACUUACAGAUAAAUGUGUUGCCCAAAUGUCAGGUGGACAAGUAACUGUGUUAGUGACUGGAUCCCAAAAAUUUUAGUUUAAUGUACAUAAACAAAACAUUACAAAAUUUAAUUCAUAUAGCUAACUUACAGAUAAAUGUAUCGCCCAAAUAUCAGAUGGACAAGUAACUGUGUUAGUGAUAGGAUCCCAACCAUAUUCAGAACAAUUUAGAAGUAACUCUUUGAAAUUUUUUGUGUCUGUAAAGGAGAGCUGGGAAAAGUAAGGAUACGGCAAGACAACAGACCAGAGCACCGGCAUAACAAAGAAGGUUCUCAAUCUGUUGUGUUUGGACUUGAUUUGUUGUUCAUCAUAAAUGUCUUUCUUUUGAAAUUUGCUCCAAAAAUCAUCUAUAAUUCCCCUUCAACGUGGAACAUUAAUGAUAUAACCAUUAAAUCCAUAAUUCCUUGCAUAAUUAUGUAGGAUAUGGAUCAAAAUAGAUGUAUCAUCAUUUGUCCAUUUAUCAGCAUUUGAACCACGUGAUUUGCUCAUUCUUUUACAUUUCUAUUGUAUAGCAACAAAAUAAUCGGACACAUAAAAAUCUCCAUUUUUGAACAACAUAUAACUGCAAACAUGGCUUAUAUAAGUUGAAGAUCAUAAAACAAGUUAGGAUUAUAUGUUACCCUGUUAACCAAUUGAGGUGCUGCCACAGAGUUUUCAUCUGAUAUUCCAAAAUCAUCUUUAAGUUUUAUUUGCAUUACAAAACUUAAAAAAAUAAUCCUAACAUCAUCAGUUGCAGCAACACGAUAAAAGUUGACAUAAUAAUUUUUUUUUUAAAAAGACAUAAAAGUAAUUUCACAAUUGAACAAAAAAGCAUCUGAAAUUUAUCAACACAUAGCCAAGCACUUAAAAAUCUCAAUAUAAUGGGGAUAGUAAAUCUAAAAUAUGAUGACAAAUCAAGCAAAAAAAAGUACCGUCAAAAUUGCCGCAAGCUAUUGAUGUUGAGCCUCAAGAAUGGCCGAUUGAAAGUAUCGUAAUAUUUUGAGAAAGGAAGAAAAAAAUGAAGUUGAGGUUAGUCUUCAAUUUGAGAUAUUUUUAUAGCCAAAAGUAAAAAGAAGUAGUUGAAAAAGUAAAUUGGAUUUUCAAUCGUCUUGAAUUUUGAACAGAAUUUGUUGAAGAAGUAAUUGAAGUUCAUAUAGUAUUCAAUUUUGAAGACUUCUUGGUGAAAGAAAAUAGCACUUAUUGCUGAAGAAAAAAUUGAAGUUCAGAUCAAUUUUGAAGACUUCUAUAAAAGAAAAUAGUAUUGGUUGUUGAAGAAGUAAUUGAAGUAUAGUAUUCAAUUUGAAAGACUUCUCGGUUUAAGAAAAAAUAGUACUUACCAUUUGUUUUUAUUUGUUUGUUGGUGGUUGCCUGUAAUUAUAAGUAGCUUUUUGUGUAAAAAUUUAAAAAAUUGGAGUUAUGUAUAAUAAUAAUAAUAAAAGUUGAAAAAUAAUGAAAACAAAAAAAAAUCUGUUUUCACUUUUUAGAAUUCAAAUUUGAAAUUACAAAGCGAAAUUUUUUUUCGAAAAAAAGAAAAUUUCUUUAUGCCAAACGGCCCCCAAGAGUAAUAAGAUAUUUAGAAGUUAUCUUUUUUUGUCAAAUCGUCAUCCCUUAUAAACCCACUCACCACUCACCACUCACCACUCACUACAAUUUCAGGGACCGAUAUACCAGUUUUCCACAAAAAUAUCGAAAACAAUAGUAUUCCACAAUAAAAAUGAAAUCCAAACAAUACCUCUACCUAUUUAUCUUCUUCUUCCUUCUCAGCUUAAUUCCAUCCCCUACUACAUCAGCAGCCCAUGGCACCAGCAUAAUAUUCACCACCUUAGGAAGAUCAACCUAUUCCUUCGACAUCUUCGCUCUUCCUACAACUCACCCACCAACAGAGUCGAACGAAUUACAGUUAACGGACGGCAAUUCCAUUAACUUUAACGGCCAUUUCCCCGCCUCCCUACCACCUUCCUUGCUCUCUCGCCUACCCGAUAAUUUCCUCAACUCCGGGAAGCCGCCGUUUCAUCUUAUCUACGUUACGGAACGGAACGGCACACACCAUAUAUUUUACGAUGCUGUGUUUCACGGAACUUCUCGGAGCAUAGGCGAAAGAAGAGCGAUACUUGAAUUUCCAACUCGGAGAGAGUCGACUACUCGAGUUCAGGUUUCGUUGGUGGGUGCGCCUGAUAAGCAGGUUUCGUUGAAAGAUAAGCCUAGUUUAUCUGGAGAAUCUUUGAUAUACGUGUCGACUCAUGAGGAUUCGGGUGUGCCCCGGACGAGUUGGGCUGCUGUAUAUUCGACCCAUUUAGUUUCCGGGUUGACCCGGAGGUUGACACCGAAAGGGGUGGCAGAUUUUAGCCCCGUGGUGUCUCCGUCAGGUGUUUGGACGGCGGUGGCAUCGUACGGGAUGAAGGGCUGGAGUGGGGAAGUUGAAGAACUCGCUACAGAUAUCUACGUGUUCUUGACUCGUGAUGGUUCGGGUCGGGUUAAGGUGGUGGACCAUGGUGGAUGGCCAACUUGGGCUGAUGAUUAUACUCUAUAUUUCCAUCGACGGUGCGAUGAUGGGUGGUGGAGUGUGUUCAAAGCUGUACUGCCGAAAGCAUUUCAACUCGGUGUUGGCUCUCUCUCUCUAGAGCGAGUCACACCACCGGGUUUGCACGUGUUCACACCAGCUGCUUCAACUGUUAACAAGAAUCUCAUUGCGGUAGCUACCAGAAGAGCAGGUUCAGAGUAUCGGCAUAUCGAGCUAUUCAACGUUGAUUCGAUGAAGUUUACAGAAAUAACCCGACCUGUUUCACCUCAUGCUCAUCAUUUGAACCCGUUCUUUUCGCCUGAUUCGUCAUGGGUCGGGUACCAUAAAUGUAGAGGUGCAGGCAAUGGAAGAGGGAGUGAUACACUGUUACUGGAAAAUCUUCUAAACCCGAUACCCGGAAUCUCUCUAUUCCGGAUUGACGGGUCGUUUCCGUCGUUUUCACCAAAUGGUGACCGGAUAGCGUAUGUGAGGUUACCUGGAUUAUAUGUGGUAAAUUAUGACGGGUCAGGUCUGCGUCAAAUUUCAUCAAGAACGGCUUUUUCCACAGCUUGGGACCCGAAACGAAAGGGUGUAAUUUACACUAGCAUUGGACCUACAUUUGCUAGUGAAAGCACAGAAGUGGAUGUCAUCUCCAUCAAUGUAGACGAUGAAGACCUGAGCCACAAACAAUUGACAAUAGGAGGGCAGAACAAUGCGUUUCCAUCUCCUUCACCCGAUGGAAAAUGGAUUGUCUUUCGAUCCGGACGAACGGGUCACAAGAACUUGUACAUUAUGGAUGCUUUGGAAGGAGAGGCGGGUGGUCUUCGUCGAUUGACAGAGGGUCCAUGGACGGAUACUAUGUGUAAUUGGUCACCGGAUGGUGAAUGGAUUGCAUUUGCAUCUGACCGAGCAAACCCCGGGUCAGGUAGUUUCGAGAUGUAUAUGAUUCACCCUAAUGGAACAGGAAUCAAGAAGGUGAUCCAAAGUGGUACGGGUGGGCGGACUAACCACCCGUAUUUCAGCCCGGAUGGGAAGUAUAUAGUGUUUACUUCAGAUUAUGCUGCGGUAUCGGCUGAACCCAUCUCGAAUCCUCAUCAUUAUCAGCCAUAUGGUGAUAUCUAUGUGAUCAAAUCAGAUGGCUCGGAAAUCCAAAGACUAACCCACAAUUCGUACGAGGAUGGGACCCCCGCUUGGGGGCCAACUUUCAUAAAACCUGUGGAUGUGGAAUGGCCAAAUGGUGGACAUCCCUGUUCUUUUGAAGAUUGUCACUGGCUGAAUGUUAAGCCUAAUGCCAGUUUAACGGAUGUAUCUUUUGGCUUAGGCUCAACCAAGAUUGAGUGUGGUCAGUGAGUUUCUGUUUUGUGGUUUCUACUUGUGUGUUAUUUGUAAAAUAUAGAAUAAUAAUGUAUCUUUUGAUAGUAGCAGUAUUAACUAUUUUAACAUUGUCGGUGUAUAUAGGAUGAAUCCUUAUUAUAUAUAAAAAGUUGGAGCGAACUAAUAGAUGUAAAAUAAAGAAUUUGAAUCA